UGUAAUGGUGGUUUCUUAAAACAGCACAACGUUAGAGAGAAUGUCAAGCAAAGGCGGAUUUACGCUAAGCUUGUUCUACAGGAGUAUCUCACGCCCUUGUUUCCCUCUGGGCAUGUGAUCAAGUUUGUGCUUCUCUCAACUUGGGGAGACCACCAGUAUCUGGGACUCAAUGGAAUCGAGCUAUUUGACGAGCUGGGCCAAAGUGUCCCCGUCUUAAAACACAAUGUUCACGUCUUGCCUGACAUGACCACUCAUUUCAGCAAUCCAGAGAAGCUUUUCAAUGGAGUGAACAACACCUGGGACACUCAAAACAUGUGGUUGAGCGUACGAGAUUAUACCGAAGGUAACCAGAUCUAUUUGUAUUUCAACGAGCCUGUGAUGUUAUCCCUCGUGAAGAUCUGGAACUACAGCCGGAAUCCCACGUUUGGUGUCCGUGAGAUCGAGAUUUUGGUGGACGACUUGCUCGUCUACAAAGGCUACGUGAGGAAAGCAAUCGCGGCAAACUCGAGACAUCUGAUCGACAGCGAAAUUUGUCCACAUUCGAUUCUCUUUAGCAGCGACGAGCAAACUCUCCGCGACAACGAAGACAAUGUCUUCUACUGUGGGGGAGUUCCAAACACGGAUAUAAUCCUCAUCAACGACAACUACGUUGUGAGCGAUGGCUCCAAUGCGCUUGUAACCAAAUAGAAUAGAAAUAAACGCUACUACUUAACUAGUGGCGGGAAGCCAUAAACCCUA